CGGAGCCGGCGACGUCUCCUUCAGCCGCCUCACACGGACCCGCUUCCCAGCUGAGAGCUCCGUCUCAAGGUCUUCUCUUGACUCUGGACAUUACACUGCAUGUAAGUACUUAAAAGCGGCACCUGCUAGCUAUAUGUUUGCAUACAUAUCAGUUACUGUAAUACGAGUAGUUUGUAUAGCAUUUUAAAGUUCACAGACCAUUUAGAGGCUAUACGAACUGAAGAUAUUAGGGUUAACGGUUAAAUGAGAUUGUGGCCGUAAUUUAACCAACGGUAGCGUUAAAUACAGCUUGCUAUACAGGUUCGCUGUUUCGUUUAAUGAACUGGUGUUAAUAAAAUACAUAAUAUGUAUAACUUACCUUUCAGAAGCAAUAUCUGCGCCUUAAAGAAUUCAUCCUGCCAGCGCACCCAGUAAAUUUUCUUUUGAUCGUUACCUACGUUCUUGUCAAAGUCCUUGAUAUCAGUAGCUGGAACAAUUUCUUUACAACCGUCGUCUAGGUACUUCACGUAGGCAAACAUCGUCAAUCACCCUGUAUGCUAAUAAGCGAGUCCGUCUAACGGUCAAACGUCACUGACUCAAACGGUCAAACGUCUUACGGUCAAACGUCCAUAAGUAUGCGCGAGGCGAUUUUAAGUUAUAUGCGGGAAGCGCGUGAUGUUUUUAAAGUUAAAAGCGGGAAGCGCGAGGGGAUUUUAAGUUAUAUGCAGCGCGUGAGGUUUUUCAACAAUAUGAGUGUAAGCUGGAUUUGUUAGGCUGCAUGACUUCUAAAUUGAAUGUAACUGAUUUGAUAUCACACUAAAUAUUGAUGCUGUAAUCCAAGCAUGUAGUUGCCAAAUAGCUAAUUAACUUUAACUAAAUAUUCAAAUAUUGUAGUAGGCUAAUAAGUUAUAAAUGAAGUGUAUUUGAGUGGUUUUAAGUUUGUGGUUUGGAUUCACUAUUUUUUUCUUUUUUCUUUUAUUAAUGAUGUACAUGUUAUUCUUUAUUUUAGAAUGUCCAAACGUAAGUACAAAUUGUACUUGGAGCCAAACAACACUACUAAAAUACCUCGUUCAAGAUUGACAAGAAGACAUUUGGAUGCUUUGGAUUUCACUGAUGACCACAACAAUGAAGAGGGCAGAAUCAGUCCUCACCUGAGCCCUGCAGAUUUUGAGACCACCUCUCCAUCUGGCCAUUUCGAACUUAUUAAGCAUUAUGAUCAAACAGACACGAUUGACCAUUUUGAAAUUUACCUCAGGCUUUGGAUUUCACUGGUGACAUCAAUGAAGAGGACAGAGUCAGUCCUCACCUGAGCCCUGCAGAUGUUGAGGUCAUAUCUGCACCUGUUAAUCUUGAUCUUCAGCUGGAUACAGAUGACACAACCGACCAGCUGCAACCAAGAGAUGUGGCUUCCUCACCUGAAGGCAGUGUUUAUGGACUCGAUUCAGAUCUGGAAGAUCUUGGAGAGGAUGAACCAGUGAGAGAGACAUGUUUUCACAAAGACAUGGACUCAGUGCUCAUGUCAGCAGGUACAACAAUGAAGGCUGAAGCACUGAUCAUGAUAAUGAGUCAUGCAGCAAGGCACAAUAUAACAGGGACACAACUUGAUGAUUUAUUAAAACUCAUAAAUACUCUGUUUGGCAAAGAGGUGCUACCAAGAUCAAAAUAUUUGUUCAACAAGGUCUUUCAAAACAACUCAGACAGCGUGGAGUUUCACUACUAUUGCAAAACCUGUAAAGUAUAUAUUGGCACAAAGGGAGACAUAAAAGACAAAAACAUUUCACAGUGUUCAAUUUGUACUACUUCUGUUGAAAUUGAUUCAAUGAACAGUUCAAGUUUCUUUAUCAACAUACCAAUUGCACCUCAAAUUCAGACACUUUUAGAAACUCCUCAGAUUCAAGACAACUUGAGCUACAGACACCAAAGGCCACAAAAUGAUCAUGUGAUCUCUGACAUCUUUGAUGGCGAAAAGUAUCAAAACUUAUCAAAACCAGGUGGAAUUCUGUCAGAUCCAAACAAUGUGUCGUUUAAUUUCAAUUCUGAUGGCUCACCUGUGUUCAAGUCUUCCAGAUUUUCAAUAUGGCCAAUACAGCUGCAUUUAAACGAGCUUCCUCCCAAAAUGAGAUUUAACAAUGUAGUACUUGCAGGUCUGUGGUUUGGGGCUCAAGAGCCUGUCAUGUCCAUCUUUCUCAGACCUUUUGUUGAACAGGCCAAAACACUGGCAUCCAAAGGUGUGUGCUGGAGAAAAAAUGGAAACUGUGUAAAUAGUAAAGUUGUUGGACUAUGUUGUUGUGUAGACUCAAAGGCAAGACCAACCAUGCAAAACACAACACAGUUUAAUGGGUACUUUGGUUGUGGUUUCUGUUUACAUCCUGGAACUCUUGUAGAGAAAACAGUGAAGUAUACUGUGACUGCGACUGAAUAUCCUGACAGAGAUGCAAAACAAGUGCUGGCAGAUAUGGAGCAGGCAGUAGCACAAAACAAAAGUGUCAGAGGUGUGAAAGGUCCAUCGCCACUCAUCAACAUGCCUUAUUUUGAUAUAGUGUGGGGCUUUGUUCCAGACUAUAUGCAUGCUGUGUUACUUGGUGUCAUCAGACAACUCACAGAGCUCCUUCUAAACAACAGUGACCAACCCUACUACAUUGGGAAUGGCUCCACUAUGAGGGUGCUAGAAAAAAGAAUGAAGGACAUAAAGCCACCACACCUGAUAACUCGACUACCCAGACCUCUUGCAGAGCUCAGGCAGUGGAAAGCCUCCGAGUGGAGAACAUGGCUUCUGUUUUACAGCUUGCCUGUCCUGAAUGGUGUACUUCAGCCAUGCUAUCUGAAGCACCUAGGCCUUCUGGUGGCAGCAGUAUUUCUUCUUUUGAAAGAGAAUGUCACCUUCCAAGACAUAAACAAUGCAGAUAACAUGCUGUUUGAGUUUGUUGCAAGGUUUCAGUUGCUGUAUGGAGAAGUGUCAAUGACAUUUAAUGUACAUCUGUUAACUCACCUUGCAAAGUCGGUGAAAUUAUGGGGGCCACUCUGGGCACACUCAGCAUUUGUAUUUGAAAAUGCAAAUGGUGGGCUGUUAAAACUGGUUCAUGGGACUAAGUGUGUAGCUCUCCAGAUUGUGAACAAAUUCCUGUUGCACAGAGCAAUACCUCUCUUAACCUCCAGGCAUGCAGUAAGGGAGCAAGUGAAGGAGUUCUGUUUGGAUAUGACAAAUGACAGAAGAGUAAAAAGAUACACAACAUUUAAAGACACAACUGUUCUGGACAAUGGGAAAGUGACAGAGACCACUGCUGAUGAGAGGAGUGCCUUUGUGUCUGCACAAAAACAAGCACCAGACGAAAUGGUCGUGCACAAGAGAAUGGUGCAUAAAGGACUGGUGUAUACCGGCAGAAACUACACCCUCAGUAAGAGACGCAGUGACUGUUUUGCAAAGCUCAGCGAUGGUGUUUAUGGUGAAAUUCAGAAUAUCAUAUCCCUUCCUUCAGAAGAAGGUACAGAAAUUGUUGUAUUGUUCAAAAAGCUUCAUACACAAACUUCCUUUCCUUUAUCACAAGGUUAUGGGUUUGUAACACAUAUCCGACUCGUUAGUGGAGCACUUCUUUCUCCAGUGUGUCUGAUUCCAGUUGACAGGUUAGAGCAGAAAUGCAUGAUUUUAAAAACAAGUGAUCAGAUGUACAUUUGUGACUUCCCAAAUGCAUAUGAGAGAGACUAGUCUGACUAGACUGAAUCAAAGAUGGUCAUUCUCGCUUGCAUUCAUUUUUAGUUGGCUAAGUAUACUUUCUCAGGUGGAGUUUAGGCUCAGUUUAUGCUGGGAUGUACAAAUGUGAUGUGGAGACAUGUGUAUGUACGUGUGCUUUCUUUGUUGUAAUGUACUGAACUAUAUGUCAUUUGACAGCCAGAUAAACACCAUCCAAACAUCACAACUUUGAAGACUGUCUGCUUCUUGAAGGGUGAAACUAAAUCGUAAAAAAAACACAAUCAAUUCUCUCUCUGCUUGUUUGCAGGUAUGUUCUGCUUGCUAUAACAUGUACAGAUGCAUAUUAUGUAGAUACAUGAAAGCAAUCUCUUACAAGAAUUAAGGUUUUACAGGCUUUACGUAUCAAUUGUGAUUUUAACUUUAUACAUCAUUUAUUGCAUCAAACUUGUAAUAUGUCUUCAGUCAUAUGUUUAUCUAGUUUUAACUUUCAUGAACUCUCGCUGGCCAAAGAACAACUGCAGUCAUUAACAAUAGUAAUUCAGCAAACUUCUACCAUAAACUUCAGAAAAUAUAAUAUUGUAAAAAAAUAAUGCAGUGUAGAUAAGAACGAAAUAAGACAAUACAUACCGACGAUGGCACCAUGAGGCAUAUGAUGUGUGCAGAUAGAGCUUGAUUAAUCAAAUACCAACACAUAUGACCAGCUUCA